CUAGUUCUUAUCACAUUCAUAUCCCCCCAAACGUGCCCUCUCUAUCUCUCACAGCUUUAAGCUUUCCACCUUUACUACUCCACCUAGGUCUUUCAACGCGACUGAACCACACAAGCCAAGGAGAAGGAAGAGAACAGAGAGUUCUCAGGGCUCAACAACGACUCCAACAGUACCACGCCCGUAUCCAAUAAAUACAGUAGCCUCUCCAAUCUCCCGUAGGGGAAAUCCUCACAACACUAGAAGGCAUAGUCCUGAGGAUGCGCCGAUCAACUCCAGCUCAGGAUCGCAUACCCACAGAAUGCUUCUCCAAGCGAAGAGGCUUCCCCACUUCCACCCAGUCUUCCAAGUGCUCCCAUUGCUUCCUCAUCACCCUCAUCACCUUCCUCGCCCUCCUCCAAAUCCCAACACUAAUCCAAGCAGUACUCAAGACCCCCCUCUCCUUCUCCCUCUUCUCCCCCUCAUGGCCAUUUCCUCACCAAGCCCACAACCUAAUUUACUCGCUCGCAAAGCCCAAGCUCCAGGAACCGGCCGUUACAUUCCUCCCCCUCAAAGACCUCCGGCUCGCCAAAACCGCCAUGGAGGGCAACACUUGGUUCAUGAGCUCCCUAAACGACACCUACGAGGCAGGCGAGACCGAGUUCCUCCACUUCCCCUCGAAGGAGCGGGACGGUCGGCUUCUGUGCUUGGCGGGCAGCGACCCAUCGAAUGGCACGAGGAAUUCAUACACAUUGGCACCGCCGGAUGCCCUCCCGCGCAACGCGAAGCUCCUCUCGGGCCUGACAUACGUGUCGGAUACGUACUACGACUACGAUAACUUGUGGCAUGGGCUAUCGGCGGUGGUGCCAUUUGUGGCAUGGCACCGGAGGAAAGGGUGCGUUAGGCCAGCAAGGUGGGUGCUGUACCAUAGAGGAGAACUUAGAACGCGCAUGGGCCCGUGGGUUGCAGCCCUGAUGAAGGCAGUCUUCGGACAGGAGGUGGCGAUCGAGCGGUUCGAGAAGAGCCAAGAGGGGCCGAUUUGCUUUGAGGAGGCAGUGGUGUUUAGGCACAACGAGGGAUCGAUGGCGAGGGAGAGGAGGGAGGAGGUGUAUGACAUGAUGAGGUGCAAGGCUCGAGCUUACUGCGGGAUUAGCACGGCUGUUGGAGGCUUGAAUGCCGUAAGGCUUACAUUGCUGUUGAGGACGGGGGCCAGGUCGUUUAAGGACGAGCCGGCAGUUAUAAGGAUCUUUGGGAGGGAGUGCAUGAGGGUGGAUGCGUGCCAACUCAAGGUUGCCAGGCCUAAUAAUUUGACAUUCUGCGAUCAGGUGAAAUUACUGAGUGAAACGGACAUCCUAGCCUCUACUCAUGGGGCUCAGCUGACCAAUAUGUUCUUCAUGGACAAGAACAGCAGCCUAAUGGAGUUCUUCCCCAAAGGAUGGCUAGAGCUAGCAGGUGUGGGGCAGUACGUUUUUCGGUGGAUCGCUAGCUAUUCAGGGAUGAAGCACCAAGGGGCAUGGAAUGAUCCCCAAGGCGAUCAUUGCCCUCACAACGAGACACGUCGGUGCUUUUCAUUCUACAAGGAUCGCCAGCUUGGGCAUGAUGAGACCUUCUUCGCCAAUUGGACAGCAAGGGUCCUUAAUGAGGUAAAGGAGCACAAGCUGAAGCAAGCAUUCAAAAGAAACGCUCAGACACCGCUUGCAGAAGGUUCUUGCCAAUGUAGCUAGCCCGAAUGCUCCAACCGAAUUCACUUAUAGAACAUCAAGUAUAGGCUACUUGAACAUAAGUUCGAAUGAAAGGAAUUGAAGGCUUGGUUAUGACACUUAAUGGAAACCCAGGGCAAGAUAUCGGCUUGUGUUUGCAUUCUUA